UCCAGUAGGUAGUCCUCUUUUGUUUUUCUCUUCGUGCGGCGUUCUUCGUUUGUUUUCCUCGGAGCGGCACUCUCUAGAUGGCCGAAGAAAGUAGCCUGCAGCAGUCAGUUUUAGUCCUGGUUGCGCUGAACACGCGCGCGCAGGAAAAUCACCGAAAAUCGCACUAAAUCGGGAAUGAAAUCGGUCAAAAUUACCGAUUAAAUUCGUUUUUAUAUGAGAACGAGUUUUUAUAGCGAGACCACGAAUGUUUACAUUAAAUCGACCGAUUUGCUGUAGUAUAUAAAUCGUUUUUUUUAAGGUAUUGAAUCGGUGUGAGGUGUACUGCAGGUUAAAAAUAAGAAGAAAUGAGAGGGUUGUGGUGGAGGGUAGUGGUGUUAGUGUUGGUUUCGAUGAUUUUCGGUGGUGUCAGGUGCGGUCCCAGUCAGAAACAGACGCAGGAGUUGAUGAUGUUGAACAGUUUGGGAAAGAGUAGCAGUAUACCGAACAGCGAGCAGGAUACUUUUAUGGAUAUGGUUGGGAGAAUGAUACCGCAAUCGUGUAGGUACCGUGGCGUGAAGUACGAGUGCGGACUUAGUAUAUCCUGCGUCCUGGUGGGAGGCAGGCCUCUGGACCUCUGCUCUGGAGGCAUGAUUUGGUCGUGCUGCGUCGAAAAGGACAGCGAUCACCACGCUACGCCUACACAAAACUCGGACGUAGGUGUUCUACAUAACGCCAGUUGUGGAGAAUUACACACAAGAUCCAAUAGGAUAGUCGGUGGACAUUCUACAGGUUUCGGAUCCCAUCCUUGGCAAGUCGCAUUGAUUAAAACAGGAUUUUUGUCAAAAAAAUUGGCUUGUGGUGGAGCACUGCUCAACGAAAGGUGGAUCAUAACCGCAGCUCAUUGUGUAGCUACGACCGGCAACAGCAACAUUCGCAUACGACUGGGCGAAUGGGACGUACGCGACCAGAAUGAGAAGCUCAAUUAUGAGGAAUACACGGUUGAAAGAAAGGAAGUGCACCCGGCUUAUUCACCGUCGGACUUUAAAAAUGACGUAGCAUUAGUAAAAUUGGACCGCAAAGUGAGAUUUCGACAGCAUAUCAUUCCAGUAUGCUUGCCUUCACCUACGAUGAAACUGCCAGGUAAAAUGGCAACUGUAGCAGGUUGGGGUCGUACGAGACACGGUCAAGCCACGGUACCUUCAACCCUCCAAGAAGUCGACGUGGAGGUGAUUCCAAAUGAGAGAUGUCAAAAGUGGUUCAGAUCGGCCGGCCGGCGCGAAAUCAUACACGAUGUGUUUCUAUGUGCGGGCUAUAAAGAGGGUGGCAGAGAUAGCUGUCAAGGCGACUCGGGAGGGCCCUUAACCCUUUCGGUGGAUGGAAGAAAAACCCUUAUAGGACUGGUAUCCUGGGGAAUAGGCUGUGGAAGGGAAAAACUACCGGGAGUGUACACGAAUAUUCAAAAAUUCGUUCCUUGGAUUGACAAAGUUAUGCAACCUUAAAAACACCAGCAACCAGUGAUGACCGAAAAUGUUUAUUUAAGAAUUAAGUAAUAGUGUCGAGUGUCAAAACCAAAACAAACAAAUGGACCCAUUUUCGUUAUGACAGCUGGAUUAAAAGAUUUAAUAACUUCAUAGAAAAGUUUAAUUUUUAUACAGGUUGAUUCGGGGUAAGACAUUUGUGGCUAACCGGUGACAUAUUUUUAUUGAAAAUUUGGAUUCUUAUAUACGUAUACAUAUUAUACAGGGUGCUACAAAUUCGAGGUACGAGCAUUGGUAU